GAAACCGGAAGUGAAGGCUUGGCGCGCGCCCCUCCCCCCACCACCACCACCCACCCCUACGCAGGAUGGCGGCGGCGGAGCAGGGAGUCCGCGACUGCGAGCGCUACGUUCAGAAGCACAACAUCCAGGCGCUACUCAAGGACUGCAUCGUCCAGCUCUGCGUGGCGCGGCCCGAGCGGCCCAUGCGCUUUCUCCGCGAGUUCUUCGAGAAGUUAGAGAAGGAACAGGAGCAGCAUGAGCAGCAGCAGGAGAAACAACAGAAGCAGCAGAAGCAGCAGCAGAAGCAGCAGGAGGGUGGGAACGCGGCCAACGAUGUGAACGCCGCCUCUCCCACCGCGAAUCCGGUGAUCGCCACAAGGAACCGACGCGGAGCGGUGAGCGCCGAGGUCUACACGGAGGAGGACGUGAAGGGCUAUGAGCGCAAGGUCAUCCCCAAGGACUACAAAACCAUGGCUGCCCUGUCCAAAGCAAUUGCUCGCAAUGUCCUCUUCUCUCACCUCGACGACUCCGAACGCAGUGACAUAUUUGACGCGAUGUUCCCAGUCACACACAUUGCCGGAGACGUCGUCAUACAGCAAGGUGAUGAAGGGGAUAAUUUUUACGUUCUGGAUCAGGGAGAAGUUGAUGUGUACGUGGGGGGUGACUGGGUGGGCUCCAUAGGGGACGGGGGGAGCUUUGGGGAGCUGGCGCUGAUCUAUGGGACUCCUCGCGCCGCCACCGUAAAAGCACGGAGCGACAUCAAACUGUGGGGCAUCGACAGAGACAGCUACCGGAGAAUCCUCAUGGGAAGCACUCUGCGGAAGAGGAAGAUGUAUGAAGAGUUUUUGAGCAAAGUAUCCAUACUCGAGUCCCUGGACAAGUGGGAGCGCCUCACUGUGGCCGAUGCCCUGGAACCGGUUCAAUUCCAGGACGGGGAAAACAUCGUGGUACAGGGGGAACGUGGGGACGACUUCUACAUCAUCACAGAGGGCUCCGCGGCCGUGCUGCAGCGCCGCGCCGAGAGCGACGAGUUUGUGGAGGUCGGACGACUCGGCCCCUCUGACUACUUCGGAGAGAUCGCUCUGCUGCUGGACCGCCCGCGAGCGGCCACGGUGGUGGCUCGCAGCCAGCUCAAGUGCGUGAAGCUGGACCGGCCUCGCUUCGAAAGGGUCAUGGGACCCUGCUCCAGCAUCCUCAAGCGGAACAUCCAGCAGUACAACAGCUUCGUGUCUCUCUCCGUGUGAGAGUCUCUGUGUGCAUCUAUCAGCGUCUCUGUCACUGUCCCCGCGUUAGCAAGUCUGUCUAUCAGCAUCUGUCAUUAUCCGUGUAAGAGAUUUUGUCUGUCUUGCCGGCAUCUCUGUUUUUGUGCGUCUCUCAGUGUCUCUGUCAGUGUCUCCGUGUGAGAGUGUCUAUCGGCAUCUCUGUCAGUGUUAUCCGUGUCAGAUGAGUCUCCGUGUGAGAGUCUUGUGAGAGUUCAUCUGUCAGUGUCUCUGUCGGUGUCUGCAAGAGCAGCGAGUCUUGAGAGUGUGUGCGAGUGUAUCAUUGUGAGAGUGAGUCUGUCUGUAUGUGUGAGUGUAUCUGUGAUGCUGUGUGUGUGAGUGUAUCUGUGACGCUGUGUUUGUGUCAUUGGGUUUCUGUGCGUCAUCCUCGAGAAAAGGCUUUGUCUGUGUUCCUCUGUGUGUCUGUGUGCGAGUGCCUCUGUUUCCGUGUGAGUGUCUUUUCUCUGUGUGUUUGUAUGCCUAUGUAUCUUGAGUGUGAGUCUUUGUGUCUGUCUUUGUGUGGGUGAGUGUCGCUUUUUGGGGAGCGGUGGUGCAGUUGUCGCUUUUAACGAUGAGCUCGGCGACCUAAGUUUGAUUCCCCGCCAUGGUCAAUAGUGGAAAUGAUCUCAUCUUGUCCCGUGAAUCAUUUAGGUUGAUUCAGCCUUAACUGAGUACCCAGUGCGGAAUGAAACAGCAGCACCAGGAAGAUAAAUGUGGCCGGGCAUAGUGUUGCCAACACCACCCCCUCAUCCUGCGCCAUGCUGGCCUUAAUAGUUGCUGACACCACUUGCCUCUACAAUCUGUGUAGGCUACAUGGGGGAUCUUUGUCUGUGCUUACAUGUACGUGCAUCUGUGUGUGAAUGCAUUUGUCUGUAUAGACACGUUCAUAUGUCUGCGCGCGCGCGUGUUUUUACGCUUUGUGCGUUUACACAUCCGUAUGCGCCGGUCAAUAUGUACGUGCAGACGCUUCCAUUUUCGAAAUAUGGCACACCACCUCCAGUAUACCUCUCUCGAACAGCUGUGGAUGCUGCUAGUCACAAGUCACCUACACCACUCUACCAGCAAGCAGAAAUAUGUUGCCUCUCCGGACACACCACGUCCAAUAUUCAGUGUAGAAAUUAAGCCCUGAUUACACGUGUGUUUACCUCUGUACGUGUGUAUAUUUGUGUGUAGAUAUUUUUGUGGGUGCUCGCUCACAACACUUGCCCCAACAGUCUGUUAAGGCUAUAUGGGGGAUCUUUGUCUCUGUAUGUGGGGAGCGUCUAGUGCAGCGGUUAGCACGCUGCGCUACGAACCCGGUGACCCGAGUUUCGAUUCCCGCUCACGGCCAACACCGGUGAUGAUUAUCUGAACCGAUCCCGCACCUCUCUCCUAGGUCGACCCAGCCUUAAAUGAGUACCUGGUGUGGUGUGUAAACAAGCUCGCUGGGCCGGGAAUGGUGUUAGCCACCCACCCCCUCAUGUACCAUACCGACCUUCAUAGGUGCUACUUGCUAACAGCACUUGCCCCAACAGUCUGUUAAGCCUAUAUGGGAAUCUUUGUGUGUAUGCAUGCGUGUCUGUGUGUAUGUGUUUACACUCAAAUAUGAGGGUGUAUUUUAACCAAACUUUGAAUCUACAAACAAGUGCCUCCGUAUGAUUUGUAUCCCAGCUCUUCACCCGUAAUUUGCGCCGUUCAUUGUGUCCCUCAUACGCAUCACUAUCAGUAUGCACAAGGACUGGUCCAUCGUACUAAAGGUUGCUAUCAUCUGGCGAUACUACAUCGCGUCAUAUGAUAUUGUUAAUACGUUUCCCCAUGAAAUCCUCACCGAGCCUCAAAACCCUUUAUGAGGAGGGUCCUGCCAGCUUUUCACAGUCGGGGUUGGUGGUCAGUGUUGCUCUUUGUGAUCCCAAUUGAGUAAUUAGCAGGUCAUUUAAACUUUUUACAUUGGAAUGUCUUUGGCCAAUACCAGUUACAUUGUAUGGUUGGGUUUUUUUUUAAGCUAUGGGAGGAAACCGGAGAACCCAGAGGAAACCCAAUGCAGAGUGGGGAUAUGGGCACCCGAGUCGGGAAUCGAACACUGGACCCUAUUUCUGCGAGGCAGGAAGUGUUAUCACUGCGCUGCCGCCAAGAUCAGAUGCGACGAUCAUCUUCGCAUCUGAUUCGCACAAAAUAUCGCCAUAUCCUAACUGUGGUUUGUAAAUGUUUUCCUAAAGUAUUUGAUUUGCGAACAGAAUAUUCACGAGUGAACCAUAAUUAAAGUUGAUGAUCAUUUAAGUUUUGAAGAAAACAGCUCUGACCCAUGAAGAUAAUAAUUUGUUAAACUUUUUUCCGAGGUAAUUGAGGGCACGGCGAUUAUUCAACUUCACCGUUUCCUGACGGCGUGUCCUGUUGCAAGCAGCAACUCGAUGUGAUGUCAUAACACGGCUCUCGUUGAGUGACCCGCACCUGAAGGACUUUUUUUGAGCAAUAUCCAUCCUGGAAAUCUAGCGAAUCGCAGCAACGAUAGGAUAAUAAUUUAAAUGCAAUUACAAAGUCGUUGGAAACCUGGUGUUGUGAAUAUCGCGAAAUUUGACAUCCCAAAGUUUUGUUAACAAUGAUACAGCGGUGGCGCCAGUCUGUGCAGACACUAACUACCAUUACCUAUCGUGUACACACGCAGCACACCACAGCAACACACUCCUGGCUUCAAACCGGAGACAAACUCAAGAUGCGUGGGCAUCGAGCAUUAUGGGUGAAGGCAAAUACAGUAUUGUUGCCUCUUUAUAAUGAGCCAUGUGUGACGUGCUGCCGAACUUCCAAUCGAUCGCCGCUCGUUUGCUCAACGGUGCCCGUGUGCAUUGUUUAAUGUUGCACGUGACCAGUAGAACCCGAGUUCAAGUCCCGCUCAUGGCCAACACUCAGUGAUGAUGAUCUGAGCUUCUUUUUCUGUUUAGUUGUCCUUCCCCCACACCUCCGAUUAACACGGUUGGCAAUGUACGGUGGGAAAGAAGUUCAACGUACAUAUAUCUAAAGAGGUUCUGCACCUCCACUGGGUUGACUGCUUCACAUGAGUACCAGUUGUGAUGUGUAAACAUCAUCACUAGUGCUGGCCAUCCCACCCCCUCGUGUGUCAUGCCAGCCUUCGUAGGUGCUACUCGCUAACAACACUUUUCCUAAAAGUCUUUUGAGGCUAUACGGGGUAUCUUUGUACGAAUAUAUAUGUACACGGCUGGGGCGAUGGUGCGUUAAUGUUAUGCGUUUCUUCGAAUGCCCGGUUCAGUUUGUCAUUGAACCCGACCUCGUGAAGACCCUGGCACAGCAGCAGACAUUCUUCCAGCACUGCAAGCGCUGCCCUCAUAAUGACGAACGAACGCCCUGUAAAAGCAGAUAUCUCUUCUGUGUCUCCACUAAUAAGAAAAAAUAAACCUCGUGGUUAAGUUCAAUCAGCCUAUUGGCUUUCCAGAUCAACAGUCGGCAACGUGUCUUUAACGAACAUGUGUCUACUCUGCUGAUGAGCGCCAGGAGGUCGUGACCGGUCUGCGGUGUUUUUGCUUCAAUAAAAACCGCUCGGUGAUGUUGGUGUGGAAAGCCCGAAGGACAAAGACACGUUUGUAUUUACAAGCAGAGACUCAAGCGGAGUUCUGCUCACAUUGGCCUCCGUUGGCGAUCAGUGUUGGUGGAAUUUUGAUUUAAGUGAGAUACAAUAGUGGCGCGUGUGUGUUUUUUUUAUAUAUCAUACUCUCCAUCGAACCAGUGUUUACCCUUUCUGUCAAUCGAUACGUGAUUAUAAUCAUAAUUGUGUAAUGGCUGAGUCGACCUAGGGGUAGGAUAGAACACCCGACCAUUGGCAGACCAGGGAUUUCACCGAGAACUCUUCUUAAGUUUGCUUGACAAGUGUCUCGCAAGCCAUUUUGAGCCUCUCAAUGGGUGCUCACCUGGUUGAAUAAAGGACCUCAGUCGCAAGUGACCAUGCAUUUAAAUGGGAUAUCACCUGUAUCAACAAAGCAGUACGUGUACUGGGAAAUGUCUAGGUUUACUCAGCCACAAAUGUACCAUAUUGUCAAACUGUCUACCUUUAAAUGAUACCUUAUAUACAGUGUGAAGUCAUGUUGAAAGUUUAUUUCCUAACAGCAUACAUUUGUAUUAAGUUCAUAUAUCAUUGUUUAGCAACGUUGUAGACAUUGGCUUUAAUUAUACAUGACUCUGAAUAUGAAAGUAUUUCAUUUUUUUCUUAAACUUUAAUAAAAUAUUAAAAUAA